AUGAUGAAAACCUUGAUCGUCGUCUUGGCUCUUGUCGCCAUUGCCGCCUGCUCCCUGGAUGUCAUUCCUCAUUACAGCCAUCACGGUCAUGGGCACGGAAUCAGCAGCAGAUACUUUAAAAAGGCACAAGGACAUGGUUAUGGAGGAUAUGGAUUAGGAUAUGGUGGAUAUGGAUAUAGCGGUCUUGGUUACGGUCUUGGAUAUGGUGGCUAUGGUCUCGGAUAUGGCGGGUAUGGAUAUGGUGGUUUUGGAAAUGGAUAUUUUUAAGUGGAAAAACGACCUACACUUACGUGAAAAGCUGCUAUCUGCUUUUACAAGACGAAUGGAAUAUGGCACUUUUAUGAAG